CGGGCCGCUGUCCUCUUAGGAAGGACCGAGGGGCUUGCUGCCCCGCCCCUCGCCGUUGCAGACCGAAGCGUCAAGUGUCAAGUGCCAGAGUUGCAGGUUAUGGCGCUGGUCGUGCGACUGUCGCGCUUCCUUCCUUUGGGACGUGGAGCCGCUGCAGGGCUUCGGCUCCUGUGGGUGACUUCGCGCAGCCUCGGGCGUCGCGGCUUCCGGCCCUUCCGCAGCUCCGAGGGGGUAAGAAACCCAGGAACUUUCAGAAGAAGCCUUUUAUUCUCAGCCUUGUCUUAUUUGGGUUUUGAAACUUAUCAAGUCAUUUCUCAGGCCUCUGUGGUCUAUGCCACAUCAAAAGUUGAAGAAAUCCUUGAACAAGCAGACUACCUGUAUGAAAGUGGAGAAACGGAAAAACUUUAUCAGUUGCUAACUCAAUACAAGGAAAGUGAAGAUGCAGAAGUACUGUGGCGUUUGGCACGGGCAUCACGUGAUAUAGCACAGCUUAGCUAUACCUCAGAAGAAGAAAAAAAGCUAUUGGUGUAUGAAGCCCUAGAGUAUGCAAAAAGAGCACUAGAAAAAAAUGAAUCAAGUUUUGCUGCUCAUAAGUGGUAUGCAAUCUGCAUUAGUGAUGUUGGAGAUUAUGAAGGCAUCAAGGUUAAGAUUGCAAAUGCCUACAUUAUCAAGGAGCAUUUUGAGAAAGCAAUUGAACUAAACCCUAAAGAUGCUACCUCAAUUCACCUCAUGGGUAUCUGGUGCUAUACAUUUGCUGAAAUGCCUUGGUAUCAGAGAAGAAUUGCUAAACUGCUAUUUGCAACUCCUCCUAGUUCCACAUACGAGGAGGCCUUAGGCUACUUUGAAAGGGCAGAACAAGUGGAUCCAAACUUCUACAGCAAAAACUUGCUUCUUUUAGGAAAGACAUACUUGCACCUACACAACAAAAAGCUCGCUGCUUUCUGGUUAUCGAAAGCCAAGGACUAUCCAGCACACACAGAGGAGGAUAAACAGGUACAAACAGAAGCAGCUCAACUCCUUGCAGGUUUCAGUGACAAGAACUGAGAACUUUACAAAGAUGAAACAUGAAAUAUUUAAUAAACAUUGUCUUUUCUUUUAA